GAUGUUCGCUUCAGUAAGCGGAUGAAAUUGUGCGGAAAUUGUUCGAAAAUGCAACUGAAAGUUUUGAUGGAUUGCAUGCUCGGUGUGGGGCUGCUGCUGUUUACCUUUGGUGGAAUUGCACAGGGAAAAUCUGUGGUGGAAAUCGACGACUAUUUUCGGCAGUGCGGAGACGGAAAAGUCAUUCCAGGUGUGGAUCUAAGCGGACUAGAAUCUCCCCAAGACGAUGAAGGAAAUUCAUUGUUGCACGGAAGAAUGGUUUACAAGAAAGCCUACAAUCCACCAAUAAAGAUGAAGAUACACACCGAGCGCUUCAAGCAGGGAUCAUGGACAAGUGGUGAGAUCUCCCGCGAUGUGGACGACAUAUGUCCUCUGUUGAUGAGCCGCGCCGAACCGUGGUACAUUUUCACCAGUCUCAUGAAACAGCAGGAGUGUCCUUACGAGGCCGGGCACGUGGAAACGUUUGAUAUGGCAAAGGUUGGGGACAUGGGACUAGACAUACCAGAACACUUUGAAGGCGACUGGAAAAUGUACGUGGAUGUUACAACGACGCGGGAUGACAAAGAAGUCACCGAAUGUUUUAUGAUUGCUUUUUCUAUCAAGGAGAUCUGAGGGGGACGAGAUUUCCUGCCAAGCUUUAUUUAUACAGGUUAAUUAGGGCAAAUACUGUUUCCGAUUAUAUGUUAUCUGUUAUGUAUGAUAGUCAAUAUUGGUUUUGAUGAAAAAAAUAAUUUACCAUAAUAUUCGUUGAAAUGUCACAGACAAAUCAAAAUCAUU